AUGUCAUCUCGCCGACCCAUCUUUUUCAACCCCGCGGCUGCGGAUGAGCGCAUCACCUCCCCACAAAUCCAAGGCCUCACACAGUUCCACCAAUCAUUCCCCAACUAUGCCUCAACACCGCUAGUCGAGCUUCCUGGACUCGCCAAAGAACUGGGCGUUCGCUCUGUGUUUGUGAAGGAUGAGAGCAACAGGUUUGGCCUGCCCUCCUUCAAAGUUCUAGGCGCGUCCUGGGGAUGUUUCCGAGCGGUCGCAACGCAACUCGGGCUGUCUGCAGCAAUCUCGCUCCAGGAGUUAUCCCUUCAAGCUCAAAAUGCUUCCAUCGCUCUGACAACUGCCUCUAUGGGAAACCAUGGAAGGGCGGUCGCAUUCAUGGCGCGGCUGCUCGGUAUUGAGGCGCGUAUUUUCGUCCCUCGAUCGCUGAACCAGGGCACUCGCGAUCUCAUCGCUAGCGAAGGAGCUAGUAUUGUUGUCGUCCAAGGCGACUAUGAUCAGGCCGUACAGGCGGCUCUACAAGAGAGUCUAGCACAGAAUGUUCUUCUCAUUCAGGAUACUGCAUUUGAAGGAUAUAACGAUGUUCCUGCGUGGAUUGUGGAGGGAUACUCCACUAUGAUGAAAGAAGUUCAAGAUGAGCUCACCGGCCGUGGAAUAUCAGCUAGCGUGAUAGUCACCCCCGUUGGCGUGGGUAGUCUUGCCCAUGCAGUGGUCAAGCACUGCAAGUCGCAGAGUGACCCCAUAUCCGUCAUCGCUGUAGAGCCAGAUACUGCAGCAUGUCUAUCUUCCAGCUUGAACACCGGAAAGUCAGUCACAGUGCAGAGCUCUGAGACUAUCAUGGAUGGUAUGGACUGUGGCACUGUAUCAUCUUCUGCGUGGCCUGAUCUUCAACGGUCAGUCGACGCCUGUGUUACAGUCUCAUCCUACGAGAGCCAUCGCGCACUUCAAUACCUCCAAUUCAAUGCUAUGAAUGCCGGCCCUUGUGGAGGCGCAUCCCUAGCUGGUUUACGCCGUCUGGCUACGUCAAAGGAGGCUUCACUAUUGAAUGGGGAUUCUGUUGUAGUCCUUCUCAGCACCGAAGGGGCCCGUCCAUACACCACCCCGAAGGAUGUCUCCGUUGACGAUGCGGUCGGCCUAACUCAAGCCCUCACUCAAAUCAACUCCUCGAAUCCGACACUUUCCGUAACAGACGGAGUGGGAGAGAAUGAGAUCGCCAAUUACCUGGCAGCCUGGUUUUCCCAUCGAGAUAUCGAGUACCACUGGAUUGAAAAGGUCACAGGACGACCCUCUCUUGUUGGAAUUAUCCGCGGCACUGGGGGCGGAAGAUCGCUCAUGUUCAAUGGUCAUACAGAUACUGUCAGCCUGACUACCUACGAGACUGAUCCUCUUUCUGGUUCGAUCGGAAUGAAGGACGGAAAGGAUGUUGUCUUCGGACGCGGCUGUUUGGAUAUGAAAGGUGGCCUUGCAGCAGGAUUAGCAGCUCUCGCGGCGACAAAGGCCAGUGGUCGUUUGCCUCGAGGUGACGUGAUCGUUGCUGCUGUUUCGGAUGAGGAGGACAACUCUCAAGGAACGCAGGACGUGAUCGAGGCUGGCUGGCGUGCCGACGGGGCUGUGUUCCCGGAACCAACACAGGGAGCAAUCUUGACUGCCCACAAGGGUUUCAUUUGGAUUGACGUGGAGAUCCUGGGAGUGGCUGCCCAUGGAUCCGAUCCCUCAUCGGGAGAAGAUGCAAUCCUUCAUGCCGGAGCUUUCCUACAAGCCCUGGAGCAAUAUCAAUCACAGUUGCCUGUUGAUGAUCUUUUGGGUCAAGGAUCUUUACACUGUGGUAUAAUCCGGGGUGGUGAAGAGCCAUCGUCCUACCCGAGCAACUGCACCAUCACAAUCGAAUUCCGCACAGUCCCUGCGCAAACGGAACAGACCCUUCUUACAGAUAUGGCGGCAUUGUUAAAGGACAUCGCACAAAAGAAUCCUCGAUUCAAAUACGCUGAACCGCGCAUCACCAUGAUGCGUCCCACGCAGAAGGUGGCUGCCGACCACCCGUUUGUGCAGACUGCUGUUUCAUCUGCGUCUUCAAUUCUAGGCAAUGAACCUCUUGUGAAAAGUGGCCCAUUCUGGACUGAUGCGGCGUUCUUUGGUGCCGUUGGCGUCCCUUCGAUCGUCUAUGGGCCUGCAGGAGAAGGACUGCAUGCUAAGGAGGAAUGGGUUGAGGUUGAAAGUCUCCAGCAGUUUGAGAAGGUGUUCACUCAGCUUGUCAAAGACUUUUGCUACUGA